AUGUCGUUCAAGGCUAGAAGCGGCUUCGAGUUCACUUUGCUGAACUACAAUAACUUGUCAACUAAAGUUUACAGUCCUCCUUUUGCCACUUCCUUUGAUACGUUUUGGCAGCUAAAGUUCAAGCCGACAUCUAAAGAAAAUCCAGAAUAUUGCUCUGUAUAUCUCGUCGCCAUUCCAAGUCAUGAAGAAGGUGGCACGACAUCAGCAUGGACAAAUCGUGCAACGUAUUCUGCUGAUAUUUAUAUCAAACACCCAGAAACUUUAGUUGAAAUAAAAAAGGCAACGUUGGACACAACAAAGUUCUCCGCUAUUAAACCAUUAAGGGGUUGGAAUAGAUUCUGCAAAAAAACUUUGCUUCCUUCCGAUCAAAUAAUACUCGGUAUAGAAUUUGAUAAAACCGAAUUUGGUACUCCCGACGAGAAGCCAAGAUUUCCUGGAAAUGGGAAACCUUUCCCGGAUGAUCUGGUGACGGCCUGGGCGGAUCAAUUAAACAAACCAGAGUAUGCUGACGUAGAAUUUAAAGUGCAAGGGCAAUCGAUUUAUGCAAACACAACUAUACUUAUGCGAAGAUCUGAAUAUUUUCAAAGAAUGUUUGUAGGAAGAUGGAUGGAGUCAAUCACAUAUAAUCAAGGUGAAGAAGAACAGCAGACACAGCAACAGCGACGACAACAGGAGCAACAGGUCCCGACACCCGAAGAUGAUGAUGAUACUGAUAUGGAUAGCAACACUUCUGGAAGCAAUUCGACAUCAUCUCAUAAGCGAAGGAGAAUGUUGCGAUUUCUUUAUACAAAUCGAGUAUCCUUCGGAACCAGAGAUUCCCCAACGUCUCCUGUGAAUCUUUUCAAAAUUGCAGAUAAAUAUUUAAUAGAAAACCUACAACAGCACGCCAAAGUAAAAUUAUGUCGAGGAUUGAAUGUAAACAACGCAGCCGAGUUCUUAUUCAGUACGGCAUGGCAAUACGAUGAAUUGAGGAAUCAUGUGAUGAGCUACGUUGUGCAAAACUUUCAAAUCGUGUGUAAGACAUCUGGAUUCAAGAACAUUACUUCUAAUCCAUCUUGCUAUCCACAAUUUCAUGACCUAAUUACCGAGAUCUUGCACAAAGUAUUUGCAGAUGGUGAUUCGGAUUAUAGUGAUUAA